AUGUCUUCAAAAUCGUUUCAUACCACAAACUCUGGUCAGUGUCGGCGCUCCAGUAAACAACCUGGGCGCAACAUUGACCCCGUCAACCACACAGUGAAAGACUGCAGAUCAGAGGGAAGCAAGACCACCUCCAAGAAAAAGUCUGAGGAGAGUCUUGAAAGAGCCAGCAAGGGGAGCAGGACAAGCCAAAGUCCCUCCAACAGCGGCAACCAGACCUUCAGUGGGCCUUCAUCGAGUUCCUUGGUUACCGGGUGUAAAAGGACCAGCAUCAAGAGGAAGUCCACCGAUGAUGAGAGUGAAGAAAGACCCAGGACCCCCAGUCCCUCUGAAGACCCCAAACACCAGACCACCUCUGAGGCCUCCACCAGUAACAAACCUGGCACCUCCUCAUCAGUAAACACUGGCCCGCCUUGCAGCAGAGCUGCCUUUGAGGCCAGAUAUGAGGAGGAGGAACAGCUGGGUAGAGGAGGCUUCGGGACAGUCUUUGCUGGUCAUCGCAAAUACGACAAUCUGCCUGUGGCCAUAAAACACAUUCCCCAGCCUGGCAUUCAGUGCACAUCAUUGCUGCUGGGUGGGAAAACUUGCAAGGUCCCUCUGGAGGUGGCACUGCUGCUGAAACUGAAACCAGUAGCUGCAGUGGUGACCCUGCUGGACUGGUACAAUCUGGACCAUGAGCUGAUUCUGGUCCUGGAGAGACCAGUCCCCUGCUUGGACCUGAUAAAUUAUAUGAACUCUAGAGAGUCUGCCCUGCAGGAACACGAGGCUAAAGCUAUAACAAAACAGCUGGUGAAUGCCCUCAUUGAAGUCCACUCCAGAGGUGUGUUCCACAGGGACAUCAAGCCGGAGAACAUUCUUAUUGAAACUGGCUCUGAUGUCCCACGUGUCCGCCUCAUUGACUUUGGCUGUGGCACAUUUCUGUCAGGGAGCAGGUACACUCUAGAAACAGGAACCUACCCCUACAAACCCCCUGAGUGGUUCCAGCGUCAGUGGUACAUGGCUGAACCAACCACUGUGUGGCAGCUUGGUGUAGUGCUGUUUGAGAUGCUGCAUGAUUACAUGCCCUUCAGCAACAGCUCUGAGAUCAUGACUGAGGAGCCUAAUAUCCGUGAGGAUCUUUCCAUCAACUGCAACAGUUUUCUACAACGCUGUCUGACCAAGAGACCAGAGAGCCGAUCCACCCUCAGGAAACUUAAGAUCCACCCCUGGCUGAAGUGA